AUGCCCAAUAUUCUGAAGCCUGGGGCUCAUAUAUUCAUCGACGACGGACUCAUUUCAGUGGCUGUUAAUAGCAUCCAAGGCAAAGACAUAAUGUGCACGAUCGAAUAUGGCGGUAAAUUAGGCAGCAAAAAAGGGAUCAAUCUUCCUGGUACUAAAUGUGAUUUACCUGCCGUUUCUGAUAAAGACACUCAAGAUUUGAAAUUCGGUGUUGAACAGGGUGUUGAUAUGAUAUUUGCGUCAUUUAUUCGAAACGCUGAAGGUGUGCGUGCAAUUCGGCGUAUUCUCGGCGAGAAAGGAAGAUUUAUUAAAAUUAUAGCGAAAAUUGAGAGCCAAGAAGGCGUUGAAAACGCAGAUGAGAUAAUCAGAGAAGCUGACGGGUUGAUGAUAGCGCGCGGUGAUUUGGGUAUUGAAAUUCCCACUGAGAAAGUAUUUGCGGCGCAGAAAAUGCUAAUCGCACGAUGUAACGUAGUCGGGAAACCCGUUGUUUGUGCUACGCAAAUGCUCGAAUCAAUGACUAAGAAGCCAAGACCUACUCGAGCCGAGGUUCCACAAUCAUAUAACUGCAAUUUUCGUUUCCCGAAACUGUACUGA